CAUAAACUUUCCUUUACCCAAAAAAAAGUUAGUCGAAACUUAGAAGUAUGGCUGCAUAUAUGUCUGGUUUUAGUGUCAAGUUUAUGCUUCUUGUUCUCAUGUCGAUGCUAAUUAUCGAAGUUUCUAUGGCAGGAGGCCCAGGCUCAUUGACAAAACGAGAAUGUCCGUCAGCAUGUGAUUACCGGUGCUCGAAGACUCACCAUAGGAAGCCUUGUCUGUUAUAUUGUAACAAGUGUUGUGUGAAAUGUUUGUGUGUUCCGUCAGGAACGUACGGGAAUAAAGAAGAAUGUCCGUGCUAUAAUAACUGGAAAACGCAAGAAGGAAAGCCUAAAUGUCCAUGAUAAAUUAUAAAUGCAACUUUAUUAUUUACUUCUUUGAUUAGAGUGAGGAUAUGGCCAAUAUUGUUGUAAUUCAAUGACUAUUAAAUAGACAAU